AGGAUUGAAGUGAGACUAUUUUGCAUGUUUGUGUGAGGCAUAAUCAGUUGGAAGCUUUGAAGUUUUUGGUGAAUAAUAUGGAUGAUUACCAGAUUGUGAAUGCCAAAGAUGAUUAUGGCAUGACUGUUUUGCAUUUGGCGGUCACUAAUAAGCAAAUUGAGACAGUGAAGUUUUUGCUUACAAACACUAAAAUUGAAGUCAACGCAGUCAAUGCAAACAAGUUCACUGCACUGGACAUCUUAGCACAGAGCCAAAGGAGUGAGAAAGACUUUGACAUCUUAGAGUCUCUUCAUUCAAUGGGAGCAUCACGAGCCACAGAUCAACCCUUACCUAUGGAUCAUCAUCAUAAGCCUAUUAAAGCCUCAACUCAUCAUCAUCAUCACCAUGUUCAACAAGACAAAGCUACAACAAAGCCAAGAAACUGGCUAACCAAAAAGAGAGAAUCCCUAAUGGUGGUGGCAUCCCUUAUCGCCACCAUGGCUUUCCAAGCCGGAACAACUCCUCCCGGCGGUCUCUGGCAAGAUAACUCCUCCUCAUCCACGGCGGCGAACUCUCCUUCUUAUGAUCACUUAGCCGGAGAGUCAGUAAUGGCUUAUAAUGACAGUGAUUUUUUAUACCAUUGUUACUUAAUUUCUAACACUGUGGGCUUUGUUGGAUCACUGAGCAUAAUCUUGCUAUUCGUUACUGGGUUGCCCUUUUGCCACAGAUUCUUGAUGUGGGUCUCCACGAUAAUUUUGUGGGUGACUAUAACAGCCAUGACUGCUACUUACACCAUUGCCAUUUGGGUUGCUGCUCCACACAAUGAUAUGAACAUUGUUCGUCAUAUGUUAUUGUAUUUGAUACUAAGCUGGGCUGGAGUGAUGGUUGUGGUUGCACUGCUCCAUAUGAUCAAUAUUGUCAACAAGUUUUUUAAAUGGUUGGGAAAUAUUACCAUGGUUAGAAGAAAGAAAUUUGUUUAUGGCGAUGGGGCAGCAUCACUUUGAUGUUGGUACAAUUUCAUCGAAAAUAUGAAAUAGGAAAGUUCUGAAUAUAAUUUGGAAAGUUUCUUCACUAUCAUUCUUUCUAGUCGGGCCUCUGUGCUUGUCAUUUAUAUCCCGUGAAGUAGAAAUAAUUAUACAUACUUUGCUUAUGUUACUUAGUUAGAGUUGUUAAUUGAUCAUGUUUUUGCUAAGAAGUAUAAAAUAUAUAUAUAUAUAUAUAUUAGUAAGAAGGUUUAGCAAUAUGUUUGUGUUUUUUUAGCGUAUAUUUUUUUUAAAUACGCAGUUGGCAUUUGUAUUUUGUUAAAUGACAAUUUGGAUACUGUA